AUGUGCGAUGAACUACGGUUGACGUCGACGCCGUGUAUGUCAUGUAAUUGUUGGUUGCGCACUUGCGACGGCGUUGACGGUGUGAGAAAGGGAGGGAAAUGGCUCAUGUUUGCGCCGCUGCGAGCGAGCCCGUGCAGUUUCACAUCUCGCAUGUGCUGCGGCGCACGAGAUGGGCAUGCGGUGGAGGCAAACCAUGACAAGAGCCAAGUAUCUGGGCUGGGCCCUUGCGCGGCGUCCAUGGCUUGCAUAUUUGAUGCGAGGAACAGCGGCAACGGCAGCAGCGGCGGCAGCAGCAGCCACAGACCCUGGCGUUCCAACGGUGCGACGCGCCCUGCCGGCAAGUAA